UUUUACAACCCCCGCCAAAUCGACGACCACGACGACGACAAGCCAGCCCAACCCAUUCUCCCCAAUACCCCCAUACAUAAACCGACAAAAUGCCUGGCGGAGUCAAUGUUCGCGAUGUUGAUGUAGGUUUCACCGAAUUUCAUUGAUAGCUCAGCGCUCGACAAAAGCCUGGGAAAAAAAGCCCCACCGCCUCGAAAUCAUCUCGUCCUCCGACUAGCCCGCGGUUGAAAAUCAUGCACACCCGAAUGUGCUCGACAACAGCGCGAUGGCCAUGAUGGUCGCGAUUGGCAACGAUGCAUGAGUGCAAGAUUUGGAAGAGGCUCGAAAGAGUCUGGCUAUAUGGAGCAUAGGAGCAGGCGCGAGGGAGUCGAAAGACUUCUGACGACGGAAUAAUGCUAAUAUGCUGGGUUUUGAUGUGCAGGCGCACAAGUUCAUCAACGCCUACGCCGCUUUCUUGAAGCGUCAGGGAAAGCUGCCCAUUCCUGGUUGGGUUGAUACCGUCAAGACCGGCCCCGCCAAGGAGAUGCCUCCUCAGGACAUCGACUGGUUCUACGUCCGUGCCGCCUCGGUUGCCCGUCACGUUUACAUGCGCAAGACUGUUGGUGUUGGCCGUCUCCGCAAGGUUCACGGCACUGCCAAGAACCGUGGCAGCCGCCCCUCGCACCACGUUGACGCCUCCGGCAGCGUCGACCGCAAGAUCAUGCAGUCGCUCGAGAAGAUUGGCAUCCUGGAGCAGGAUGAGGAGAAGGGAGGCCGCCGCAUCACCCAGGCCGGCCAACGUGACUUGGACCGUAUCGCCAUGACCGUUGCUGAGGCUGAGGAGGAGGAGGAGGAGGAUGACGAGUAAAUGUCUCAUCAAAAUCGUCUUUCUUUUGGCUUGGUCACUGGGAGUUUGUAUGCAUUCUUGGCAUUUAGGGUUCACGGCGUAACAAAAUGGGUCUGGGGUCUGUCUUUCGGCAUGAGCAAUCGAUCGUCUUCUUUCGCCUUUACCUGAACCCAGCGUCGGUAGCUAGUGAUGCUUACCGAUUAUGAUUAAUGCUGAGUCCAUCGUCUCCCAUCAGUUAGUGACUCUGUACGUGGUCAGUGAUGCAUUGAAGGUUGAUACAUUCAGCUAAUUCGGUCACGAUCAAAUCGCCCCACAGUACAUCGACACAUGAGGAAGG